UCAAUCCUUUCAUUUGACCCUUUGAGUCUGAGCACAUAACUCAGCCUUCUCGCUGAGGCAGGGUUCAGACUGAGGGGGUGACAACACCAGGGUGCCCUCGUGUUAGGCUUCAUCUGAGCCAACCACACUUUCACUGGCCACUAUCUGUGGUCUUGCCCCUUCAUCCAAGAAGGGAAAGAAGAGUCUUGAGGAUCAGCCACAACCUAGUCAGAUAGAAGAAAUGUCAACAAUUGGGAGUUUUGAAGGAUUCCAGCCCGUGUCUCUGAAGCAAGAGGGAGAUGACCAACCCUCUGAGACUGACCAGCUGUCCAUGGAGGAGGGGGACCCAGGCAAGGACUCAGAGACAAGGCAGAUUUCAAGGCAGCCCAGUGUGACUGAAUCAACACUGUACCCCAAUCCUUAUCACAGACCUUUUGCCUCACGGAAGUACUUCGUGACACGGCCUGGGGCCAUUGAGACUGCCAUGGAAGACUUGAAAGGCCACAUAGCCAAGACUUCUGGAGAGACAAUUCAAGGCUUCUGGCUCUUGACAGAAAUCUUGGAUCUGCAUCUGGAUAGCUUUUCGAAGGAUAGAUGCCUGGGAUUCCAUCUCAGUGAUCCUGAGUCAGAAUCUUUAAUAGACCACUGGAACAAUGAGAAGGAGAGGAUUUUGCUGGUCACAGACAAGACUCUCUGGAUCUGUAAAUAUGACUUUAUCAUGCUCAGCUGUGUGCAGUUGCAACGGAUUCCCCUGAGCUCUGUCUACCGAAUCUGCCUGGGCAAGUUUGCCUUCCCCGGGAUAUCACUGGACAAGAGACAAGGAGAAGGCCUUAGGAUCUACUGGGGGAGUCUGGAACAGCAGUCCCUCUUUUCCCGCUGGAACCCGUGGUCCACUGAAGUGCCUUAUGCGACCUUCACUGAGCACCCUAUGAAAUACACCAGUGAGAAGUUCCUCGAAAUUUGUAAGUUGUCUGGGUUCACGUCUAAGAUUGUUCCAGCUAUCCAGAAUGCACACAAGAAUUCCGCUGGAUCUGGAAGAGGAAAGGGACUGAUGGUGCUAACUGAACCCAUUUUGAUUGAGACCUACACUGGGCUGAUGUCAUUCAUUGGAAAUCGCAACAAACUUGGCUAUUCCCUUGCCCGGGGGAGUAUUGGUUUUUGAGACUCUUUUUGGUGUAUUAGUAUGUCAUCCAUCAAUAUAUCUUUAUUGAAGAUUC